AUGGAGACUCCGAGACGAAAUCCGAAGCGCAAGCUUUCCGAGACGGCGGAUGUUGCGGAUGGCAUCCCCGACGAUCCGCUUGGCGAGGCGUGCCGUCCACUCACUCCGCAAGAGAUUGAAGACUGGAAAGGGUGGGUUGAGCUGGAAUCAGAGCCGGCCUUUUUCAACAUCAUACUCCGAGAUCUGGGGGUGAGAAACGCAAAAGUGCAGGAACUGUUCGCGAUAGACCAGGAAUCUCUGGAGGCAGUCGCGAAACCCGUUCUUGGGCUAAUCUUCCUGUUCCAAUAUGAGCCUGGCCAUGACGAGAAGGAGCAGCAACAGGACACGGAGAGCGGCAUAUGGUUUGCAAACCAGACAACAAACAAUGCUUGCGCUACCGUAGCGCUGCUCAACAUCCUGAUGAACGCACGUGACAUAGACUUGGGCCAGCAAUUGACCGAGUUUAGAGAAAGAACCAGGAGUCUCAGCACUUCGCUGAGGGGUCAUAGCAUCAGCUCGAAUGCAUUCAUCCGCACGAUACAUAAUUCCUUCACGCGGCGUAUGGAUCACCUCAAUGCAGACUUGUGCUUAGAGAACGAGGUGGAGGAUGCCUCCAAGAACAGCGCUUCGUCUUCCAAGGCUCGAAAGCGAUCCAACCGCAGAAGGCAAUCAACUUUGGAAUACGGCUAUCAUUUCAUUGCCUACGUGCCCUUUGACGGACAUGUGUGGGAGUUGGACGGACUGCAAAGUUGCCCGCUUAAGCUUGGCCCUGUCGUCGACGCUGACUGGACCGCGAUUGCGAAGCCGCAGAUCGAGGCGAGAAUGUUUCAGUACCAAGGAAGCCAGUUGUCGUUCAACCUGCUCGCAGUCUGCGGUAGCUCCCUAUUGCGCCAUGGCCAAACCAUAGCCACCAUGGUGGCUGCAAUGCAGGUGAUGCAGAUGCAUUUCAAGGAUGGCCACAACCCCAUGUUCAAUAACCUUGUAUCUUCGGAUGAGCACCUGUUAGACAUGACUAAGCCGACGCAGCUGACGGAAUUUAACCUGACGCUGUCGGAUAUUCAAAACGCAGAGCUACCCGCCGAGUUAAAGCUAGUCAUAUCUCGCCCGUCGUGGCUAGUUGAAGAGGACGCAUGCGACGUGUUUCGGGAAAUCCAAAGCCAGUUGAAAGCAGCCAUCAAUGAAUACCGCAUUGAGCUGUCGAAUAUCCGAGAGGACGAAGGGCGUGUAAGAAGUCGGAAAAGGGACUAUGGGGGUGCGUUGCACUGCUGGGUCAAGAAGCUGGCACACAGGGGCGUGUUGGAAGACAUCAUCAAAAUGUCCGUUUGA